GGCUCAAGUGACCCCGCCUCUUUAACAAAAACCUACUCCCGAACAACUGAUAUAAAGUGUAUUUACGGUCUGACUGCGGAGAACAGGCUAAAAAUCAAAAUAUCGCGUGGAACAAAAUGCCUGCAGUCUCGAAAGGAGAUGGAAUGCGUGGCCUCGCUGUGUUUAUAUCGGACAUUAGGAACUGUAAAAGUAAAGAAGCAGAGAUCAAGAGAAUUAACAAAGAGUUGGCCAACAUCCGCUCAAAAUUUAAAGGAGACAAGGCACUAGAUGGCUACAGUAAGAAGAAAUAUGUGUGCAAGCUGCUUUUCAUAUUCCUUCUUGGCCAUGACAUCGACUUUGGCCACAUGGAGGCAGUCAACCUGCUCAGCUCCAACAAGUACACAGAGAAACAAAUUGGUUACCUGUUCAUCUCAGUGCUGGUCAACUCAAACAGUGACCUCAUCAGCCUUAUCAACAAUGCCAUAAAGAAUGACCUGUCCAGCAGGAAUCCAACUUUCAUGAACCUGGCCUUGCACUGCAUUGCCAAUGUGGGCAGCAGGGAGAUGGCUGAGGCUUUUGCAGCUGAGGUGCCCCGCAUCCUGGUGGCUGGGGACACCAUGGACAGUGUGAAGCAGAGUGCUGCCCUGUGCCUGCUGCGUCUCAACAGGACCUCUCCAGACCUGGUACCCAUGGGCGAGUGGACCACCCGGGUGGUUCAUCUGCUCAAUGACCAGCACCUGGGUGUGGUGACCGCUGCCACCAGCCUGAUUACCACACUGGCACAGAAGAGCCCAGAGGACUUCAAGACCUCUGUCUCCUUGGCUGUAGCCAGACUCAGCAGGAUCGUCUCCUCGGCCUCCACUGACCUGCAGGACUACACCUACUAUUUUGUUGCAGCUCCCUGGCUUUCUGUCAAGCUCCUGCGUCUCCUACAGUGCUAUCCUCCGCCUGAGGAUGGUGCAAUCCGGGGCCGUCUGACGGAGUGUCUGGAAACCAUCCUGAACAAGGCCCAGGAGCCUCCCAAGUCGAAGAAGGUGCAGCACUCCAACGCUAAGAACGCUGUGCUGUUUGAGGCCAUCAGUCUAAUCAUCCACCAUGACAGCGAGCCCACUCUGCUGGUGCGGGCCUGUAACCAGCUGGGCCAGUUCCUCCAGCACCGGGAGACUAACCUGCGCUACCUGGCCCUGGAGAGCAUGUGCACCCUAGCCAGCUCCGAGUUCUCCCAUGAGGCUGUUAAGACGCACAUCGAGACGGUCAUAAAUGCCCUCAAAUCGGAGAGAGAUGUCAGUGUGCGUCAGCGUGCUGUGGACCUGCUCUAUGCCAUGUGUGACCGCAGCAACGCCAAACAGAUUGUAGCAGAGAUGCUCAGCUACCUGGAGACAGCAGACUACUCCAUCAGAGAGGAGAUAGUGCUAAAGGUGGCCAUCCUGGCAGAGAAGUAUGCAGUUGACUACACCUGGUAUGUUGACACCAUCCUCAACCUGAUCCGCUUCGCUGGGGACUAUGUCAGUGACGAGGUCUGGUACCGCGUCAUCCAGAUCGUCAUCAACAGAGAUGAAGUACAAGGUUAUGCUGCCAAGACGGUGUUCGAGGCACUCCAGGCCCCAGCCUGCCAUGAGAACCUGGUGAAGGUCGGAGGGUACAUUCUAGGGGAGUUUGGGAACUUGAUAGCAGGAGAUUCAAGGUCAAGUCCACUCAUCCAGUUUGACCUGCUCCACUCCAAGUUUCACCUGUGCUCAGUGCCCACCCGGGCUUUGCUGCUCUCAGCCUACAUCAAGUUCAUCAACCUUUUUCCUGAGGUGAAGGGCACCAUCCAGGAGGUGUUGCGCUCAGACAGCCAGCUCCGCAAUGCAGACGUUGAACUACAGCAGCGUGCUGUGGAGUACCUGCGCCUCAGCUCUAUCGCCAGCACUGACAUACUGGCCACAGUGUUGGAGGAGAUGCCUCCCUUCCCUGAGAGGGAGUCCUCUAUACUGGCCAAACUCAAGAGGAAGAAGGGACCAGGAAACCUGCAUCCCGAUUUGGAUGAGAACCGCAAAGAACGCAGUGUCAACGGGGGUACUGCAGACCAUAGCAGCACUACCUCAAAUGCCAAGGUGUUCGCGUCCCCCACUACAUCCACAGACCUGCUUGGCCUGGGCAGCACCAUUGCCACUCAAAACUCUGCCCCUCUUGCCUCCAAGGGGGCAAGCCUGCUGGUGGAUGUCUUCUCUGGAAACACAGCAGCCUUUCCUGUAGAGACACCAUUGGCAGUGGGGCCUGUUGCAGAUGAGAACUUCUCCAGUUUCCUGCCGAAUACUCCACAAGUAGCAUAUGCCAACGCCACUCUGCCCACUGCAGAGGAACCUGAAGACAAGUUUGUUUGCAAGAACAAUGGUGUCCUGUACGAGAACCAGCUACUCCAGAUCGGCCUGAAGUCUGAAUUCCGACAGAAUCUGGGUCGGAUGUAUGUGUUCUUUGGUAACAAGACAUCAACCCAGUUCAUGAAUUUCGCUGCCUCUGUGGUCUGCCAAGAUGCUCUGCAGGCUCAACUGAAUGUCCAUGCCAAGCCUGCAGACCCCACUGUGGACGGGGGUGCACAACUCCAGCAAAUACUCAACAUUGAAUGUGUGUCUGACUUUGUGGAUGCACCAGUGCUCAACAUUCAGUUUAGGUACGGGGGAACUCUCCAGAACAUUGCUGUUAAACUACCUAUUACUUUAAACAAGUUCUUCCAGCCUACAGAGAUGACAUCGCUGGACUUCUUUCAGCGCUGGAAACAACUUGGAGCCCCUCAGCAAGAGGUACAAAAUAUCUUCAAAGCAAGGCAUUCCAUGGACACAGAGGUUACCAAAGCCAAGAUAAUGGGGUUUGGUGCUGCUUUGCUGGAUGGGGUAGAUCCAAACCCCUUCAACUUUGUGGGAGCUGGUGUCAUCCAUACAAAGACCACCCAGGUUGGCUGCCUCUUGAGACUGGAGCCUAAUACUCAAGCACAGAUGUACCGCUUAACACUCAGGACAAGCAGAGGUACUGUGUCACAGCGCCUUUGUGAUCUGCUCUCAGAACAAUUCUGAACUGUUUUCAGAUCAGGUCUUCUUACUUGGCAUACCACAGAACUGUACAAGCUCCCCCUGCCACUUCUGAAGACACCACAUAGUUCAUAACAAACAGGUCACACUUAUCCUUCCCGUCUGUUUCAAUUAAAUUGGAAUUGAUAGUGUAAAUUCUUUUUUUAUAUUUGACUUAUUAUAAAUGUACUGUAUAUCAUUUUUCACUGCAUUAAAUCUGCCUUAUGUCCUUGUGCGCAAAGAA